UCGUCGACUACAUUAACAGAUUUACAUGCCUCUGUUGCUCAUUAACACACCCACAGUAAACCUCAUGCCAAUGCGCCAGUGAACGCUGCGGCCACCUCUUCUCUUGUCACUCUCGUCUGUAGAGUCCCUCGGUUAUGUCUGCAUCACUCGUGGAUUCGCCCUUUCCUUCUUUGAACUCUUAGCUGUUUGAAUAAGCUUCUCCACGUGCGAGGCAGAGGGGAGGAACCAGCCUUUGGAGGGCACCAGACCUUCCUUUGGAGUACCUUCAUUGCACUACGAGGAGUACCUGUGUUCAUGGUGUGAGCAUUCAGAGGUUUAAGGAUUGAGUCUCUAGUUGUGAUAGGGCUGGCCAAGGCGCGAUUUUUCUUGCGCUUUUGGAGGAGACAUGAGAGGCUUUGGUCGCGGAUGACGUCGAUAGUAACAAAAUUGCAAUCCGCAGAGGCGUGGUGGGUUUCUCGCUGUGGCAUUGUUUGUCAUCUGAUCGAUACUGUUAAGCGUUCAAUGAGCGUCGACAAGGGGAUCUGGAGUAGCGAUUUCUCUUUUCCUAUAACGGGUAACGUAACCUGAUUAUACACAUGUACUUGAAGCAACACCAUAGAAUGAUUUGGCGUGUCUAUCGGCUUGAGUCCAACAGGUUUAGUGCAUUCUAUGUGGUGCGGAGCUACUUGACUGCGUUCUAUUCGUGCAAAAAGUAGUCGCUGCUCGCCAUUAGGGGAAUGGAUUAGGACCACUGCAUGCGUUGGGGUUUAGAAGUUUAAAAGUAAACCUGGUCACAUCCUUCAGAAGUUGACGACUUCUGAAGGAUGUGAGUCUUGAUAGGGUAAUACUGGACAAGUUUAUCGGCACAAGGCUUAUCACCUUCUAAUAUACCUUUGAAAAGACCUGGGGAUCAAUUCAUUUUUUUUUUUUUUUUUUUUUUUUUUUCUGGGCGGAUUGUUUGGUAUUUGGUGAAAGUGGAGGACUAGGGCCAAUGUGGCAUGUCGUCGCAUGACGCUCUGGAACUUUUUCCUUCGUUCUUUCAGAAUUUCCAGGAGUGGAGCCCAAUACUAUUUACGAGAUUGGUCCAAUGAGCCUUGUUCUGAUAACUUUGUAAGCUACACAGCCAAGUGUGCUGAAUUGUUGGUUGAUGAGAAUUCGUUUGCUGCACGAAUAUCGGAGCUGACUCUGAUUAUGGAGUGACCGUUAACAAGCAGAAAUCCCAGCUUUUGUGGUGGUCAAACUUUAAUCGUGACACAAAGGACAAGUUGUAACUGGAUUCAUUGAAAGUAGGGACACACCGACCAAGGAGAACUUAAGGCCGGAUUGCAAGCGUCAUGGGAGUAUUCACAAUCUUAAGCUCCAAGAUUAGGAGAAUGACACGUUUCAAAUGCGUAUGUUCAGCUAUUGCGGUGUCUUCAGUUGUCGUAAUGAUUUUGCUUGUGGAUAUCCUGAAUAUGUCUGGCCCGUUUCCGCACACCCACAGUUUAACCAACCGCUUUGAGGCUCUGUCCAACCCACGACUGAUUCUGAAGGAGUUGCCCAACACCUUGUCCACAAUACAGAAGUCGGCUGGUUUGAAGCUUCUUGAUUACACCAAUGGCAUCAACAACGAGGUAGAAUUUACGGAUGCGCAGUUUGUUGAGACAGUGGAGGAGCAGUACAACCGUAUUAUCUCCUCGCAGAAGUGGCUCCGACAGAGGGUGAGCUGGGAGGAACAAGACUUGCAGAAAGCCCCGGAAAUGGUCGACACCUCACAGGAGCUCACGGUGACAAUUUUCAGUGCACCGCCUGCUUUCACAAGGAGCGAGGGUGAUCUUAAUCGCCAAGCUUUGUUGUCGUGGUUGCACCUGAGUCCCCGACCUCAUGUUGUCCUUCUCGGAAACCACUCUUCAUUACACCAAGUGGCCGAAGAAUUUCCAGGUUUGGUUACUGUGGAGCCUCACAUCGACUACAGCUUCACAGGUCUACCGCUUUUCAACUCUAUGGUUGCAAGAGCCAAUACGGUGGAUACCAAUGUGACAGUUUUGGUUCAACCCAACGUCAUGCUGUUACAGGAUUUCAUGCCUGGGCUGCGAAAAUUGGCAGGCACGUUCACUGACUGGGCGUUGGUAGCUCAGCGGCUUGAAGUGGCCGACCUUCCAUUCAAGUUCAUUCACAAGGGUGGGGGAAUCAUAUUCCUUGUGCAUUCCGUGACAGGAGAGUCAAUGAUCGAUCGUGAAAUGGCGAGUUUUGUGCGGACAUCUGGGAAGCUAGAUUUGCUGGAAGGGGUGAACCUUUGGGCCUGGAAUGUUGCAGCUGAUGGUAGUUCGCUUUUCGCAUCACCCAUGCCCACUUUUGCGUAUGCAGCUGGUUACCACGACCAAUGGAUGGCUCGAGGGCUUGUGAGCGGCUCACGGAUCGUUGUGGAUGCCACAGACGCUCUAAUUGGCUUCCAUGUUCAGGGAGCUUCUACGCAGGUUUUGGGCAUGGCUGAUCAAACACAGGCGCAGACAGAGUCUUGGAGUUUAGCUGGUAAAGAGUGGCAGAAUAUUGCCAACUUGUAUCUGUAUCGAAAAAACCGAGACAUCUCAGCGGAGGAAAAGGAUCUUCUGUCUGGAGGAUGGAAACUCAUUGGUUGCCCUGAACCUGCUAUGAUUAGGCUCUGCAUAAGCGAGACCCAGUCAGCCUCAAACCCCUGCCGGUGCGAGAACCUCUUGUCAACCUCUGUGCCUGGCAUUCGAUAUGCUGAAACAUUUCUCGAAAAGGAGGCCAGGUUGAGACUCGAAGUGAUACGCAUUCCAGCUCUUGGGACUAGUCCGGAGUAUGUCCUCAGCAUGGACCAGCUUCUGCCCGAACUGGCGGAUUCAAAGAAGAACGUUGCCCUGGUUGGGGUCAAGUCGAGUCACAAGGACAUGCUCUGGAGUUUUAUCUGUCGUGCCCGGGCUCUCGGGGUGAAUAAUGUUAUUGUUGCUGCGUUUGACAAGUCCAUCUACAAGUCUGCUCUUGUGCGAGGAAUCCCUGUGUUCUACGUUCCCUUGCCUGAGUCUGCCUCAGAUUCCGAGGCAGUUAUUGCAAGAUCCGACGUUAGCACCAACUGCUCGCAGCAACUGACACAGCGGAAGCUGCAGGUGGUUCUUCAAAUCCUGCAAAAAGGGUACCACGUGGUUUGGAGCGAUGUUGACGUUAUUUGGUUCCAAAAUCCUCUGCCCCGCUUAACGGCAUUUCCAACAGGCACUUUCCUCGUCGUGAGUGACGAACCGAAUAUGAACCUUCCUGCCAAUGGUCGCGGGCGUGUGGAUUCAGGAUUCUUCUACGCGCAAUCGGAGAAAGCAACCAUCAAGGCCUUCAAAGAUUUGAUAAGUUACGCAAGCGAGGCACCGGAGCAGCCUGAGCAGUUGGUGUUCGGGCAUGUGUUGUGUGGAAAGGGAGCGCAACAUCGAGUGGGCGUGACGGAAUGUAAGGCGGCCUCAAGUGGCCUCCGAACAAGCUUCCUGAACCGACGAACCUUCGCGAAUGGAAUUGUGAAUGAUUACUGGUGGCAUGAGAAUGUGACGGAAGCAGCGUUGAGCAGCGGAGUAUAUGUCCUGCACAACAAUUGGAUUCAUGGAGCUGCAGAGAAAGUGAGGCGUCAGAAGGCUAAGCAUGUUUGGUUCUACAAUGAUGUCGACAAGAUGUGUCUCCAUGCAUGGCAACGCCCACACCAGCGGCUUACAGACUCUUCAAGGCCCACUCUACUAGUAGAUGGAAAUAUUUAAUUAGCGUAGGCGUGGACAUCUUGCAAUUGUAUCAUACUACCCUCUCAAUGUUUUGGGAUUUUUGUAAAACAUUGCCACUAACCUUAGGGCUGCAAUUUGGAGACACCGCUACUUAAUGACUA